AUGAAAGAUGGAGGGGAAGAUGUUGUGGGAGGAAAGCGUCGGGUAGAUAAGUUUAGUAUUCUUGCUGAAUUUGACGAAGGAAAUGAAGAUUGUUCAGCUGAAAUUGGAGAGGGUGAGUUGGUUUUCUUGAUUGCUGAAACAAUAAUUAUUUAAAUUAAAAUUUUUCUUGAUUAUUUUAGCUAUACUAGACGUCACAGAAGCUGAAAAGCGGGAAAACUCAAAAGAAGAAAUAGAGAAGAUAAGCCGGAGACGUGUGAAAGUAUUUGGUACACCUACUAUAACAAUCAAGAAGCACGAGUUGUGGUUAGAUGGUAAGUUAUUAACGUUUAUAUUGUUUUAUGUUUAGAUUUGGCGCAGCUUUGUCACAGCUUCUUCAUACCUAUAGAAGUGCCUCGACCAGGAUGGUUUCGAACUACAAAGUUCAAAAAACCAUCACAUCUCGUUUUGGCAAGGAUAAAUUGUACUGAACAAUUGAUAGUAAGUGUUUAACUUAUUUUUUCAAUGUUCUUACUCUGCUGUUUCGAAAAUUAUUUUUGCUACGUGUAAAUUAGCUUAUUUUGUCUUUUUUACAUGUAAAUUAAUUUAUUUUUUACUUUCUUACAUGAAAAUUUGUUUAAUUGUGAGAGUUAUACGUUUUUGAAAAUAAAAUAAUAUUUUUUUAAAAACAAUAUCCAAAAAUUGGCUGUUUUAGCGUGACGAAAAUAACAAAAUGCAGUUUCUUCACGGGUUUUUUGGUAAGAGAUUUACUCCGGUUGAUGAGGAAGUUUGCGAUUCAAUGGGAUUCUGGAAGCGGUUGAUGGAGAUCUCGCUGCCGAGGAUGUCCCACAUUAAACACAUGCUCAAGGUAAGUUUAGUUUUAAUUUCUAGGUAUUAGUCGAUGCUUUUGUCUUUGCUAAAGUUAUUAAACGUUUGUUUCAGUAUUUACAACUUCAGUUUUUUUCAGAAAUCAGAUGAUCCCAUUCAAUCAGCAAUUUCCGAAAACAAUCUCAAGUUGCAGUUACUGACUUCAGUGGAACAGAUGAUGUUCUUCAACUAUCCGCUAACCGGGUUUACUGAAGAUAUGGACGGCAUAGCAUCGGUUGUCAACACUCGACAAUGUUACGGUCGAUUAACUGAAACCUCACCAGUCUUUGUGGUCGAUUGUGAAAUGUGUCAGACUACGGCCUGUAAAUCUGAACUUACUAGAGUUACUUUGGUAAGUUUUGCUGAUGUUUACUAGAUUAUAUUAGUGAUGGUUAUUAUAAUAUAUUCUUUCGUGAUUUUCAGAUAGACGAAGAAGGUAAUAUUGUGAUUGACUCAUUUGUGAAACCAAAGAACAAGAUUACUGAUUAUGUGACAUGUUUUAGUGGGGUGACUAAAGAGAGUCUGGAAGGGGUUACUGUGACAGUGGAAGACGUACAAGAAACUUUACAGCGAGUUUUGCCGCCAAAUGCUAUCUUGGUCGGUCAUUCAAUCGAAAAUGAUCUCAUGGCUAUGAGAGUGUCACAUCCGUAGGUUUUAAAGCAUGUAAAACAAGUUUAUGGUACUUUAUUAGAUUUUUAGACUGUAUUUAAAGAAAUAGUAUUGACUAUAUCAUAUAUACUUUGCUGAUAUUUACAGGUACUGCAUAGACGUAGGACUGAUUUACUCAUCAAAAAUGAACCGAAGAAGUCGGCAAUCAUUAAAGAAGCUGGCGGAUUGUUACCUCGGAGAGACGAUUCAGUCUUCAGAUAAUGGACAUUGCUCAUACGAAGAUUGCUGGGCUACAUUACAGCUGUUCAAGUUGAAACUAAAGCAUGGUAUUGUUUUUGGAAGUGUAGCUGACGGCUUCGAUCAUCUGGAGUGGACUCAAAACUUUGAGAAACCUCAGAAGAGUAAUUUAGAUGAUCAGAAGGUAAGAUAUACGUAUAUAUUUUGUUGUAAAGAUAGUUUUUGAUGUGAAGUACGGUAUUGGAGGAACGUAUAUAUAAUUUUAUAAAUUAUCGUAAUAUUAUUGUAGAAAACGUAUGUGAAGAAUGUAAAGUUACCUCCACCAAAGUGCGUUGGUCAUUGUGUGUCAUGUGGAAGUGAAAUCAAGAGCCAAUGCUGUGUAGAAGAGUGUCUGUGCAUGAAAAGACAACCCAAGAAGUGUAUUUUGUGUGCAGGAAAAGGAGAAGAAUAUCAGGAUCCAGAUGAGCAUGAGCGAUUUAACUAUGGGUAGGCUUUUCUUUAAGAUUGUUGGCUAUUUUGUAUUAUAAUUUAUACAAAACCAUUUUGAUAUAGCAUUUCAGCACUUGCUGGAUGUACGUUCUACUAAUUUUAACUAAAUUCUUUUAGAGUAGCGAUCAAAAAGUUCGUAGAGAAGACAAAAACCCCGAUAAACGAAGUGACAGAAGCUUUUACCACGAAGAAGGCUCUCUUUGCCAGAUACAUGGAUAACAUCGAAGCACAGUCGAUUAAGAAUGUGACAAUAUGUGACAUGACAGACCUCACAACACCAGAAGAGAUCAAGGACUAUAUUUUGGAUGCUAACGUGAUGGAGAACGACCUCUGUGUAAUCGAGUACAACGCUGAAGAAGGUUCAGAAGAAGCUGUAGAUCAACUUUUGAAACAUGUUCACAACUCAAUGGCCCCAUUUGGUAUCUUAGCUUUGGUGUUGUGCACAACAACACGAGCUAUCAUGCAUUUUGGAGUAAAAAUUUAG